UGGGUGGCGUCGCGGCUGAAAGGCACAUGGGAAAACCAAGAACAAGCUCGAACUCGACUAUCAGCAAAUCUGUCUCACGAUCUUCCUACCGAGCCAACGAGUUCCCGGAAUAUUUCACAAUUUUCGUAAAGAACAUACGAAAAUGUUACUUGAAGAUCAGCGGUAUCUCCAUGAAGAUUUGGAGCGCCUCGAACAGGGGAUCGCUGAUCGCAUGGGCGAGGAACCCAAGCACGUAAGUGUUUGGUGACCAUGUGUCCCAUCUCCUCAUGGCAUUGGUACUUAACCUCUAAACAGAUCCGCGAUCGCCUGAAUCGAGACCACGAAGUUGCGCAGCUCCUCGACCAGAUCCAGCGCCAAUCAGCCGAGCUGCUCUCGCUCUACGAAGACAAGUCCGGGCUGCGGUCGAAAGAGGUUCUCCAAAUCAGCACCGGGGACCCCUUCGACGAGUUUUAUCGCCAAGUUGCCGGGAUCAAGGAACACCAUGCGCGCUACCCGAACGAACAGGCGGAAAACUCGGAGCAAUGGUACCGGCCGCGAAAGGGCGACGAUGACCAACCCUACAUCGUCGACAGCAUGUUCUCGGGUGAGGAGGCAUACGGCCGGUUCUUUGACCUGCACAGCUGCCAUGAGUCGUACCUCAACCUCCCGAAUGCGAAGAGACAUGGGUACUUGCAGUAUCUUGAGGUUUUCGACAACUUCCAGCCGGGCUACGGCGGGAUUAAGCGGGCAGACAAGCUCACGGACCAGUACUUCAAGUACCUCGGCGAGCUGAUGGAAUAUCUGGAAUCGUUCAUGCGGCGGACUCGACCUCUGGAGAACAUCGAUGAGGUGCUCAAGGGCUGGCAGGAAGAAUUCGAGACCGCGUGGGAGAAGGACGAGGUGCCCGGGUGGCAGAAAGAGAAGGCGGCAAAAUCAAACGGGGCGGGGCGGACAUUGAGCACCGCCGAGGCGGUCUGGUGCGAGGCCUGCGAGAAAGAGUUCAAGAACGAGAACGUCUACAAGGGACAUCUGAAUGGGCGGAAACACGUCAAGGCUGCGGAGUUGCUCGCACGGCGAGAGGACACGCCUGAUGGCAACGCGAAUGGCACGCGCCUCACAUCGGCACAUCGCCUGAAAGAGCGAGCAGUCGCCGAGCGAGAAUUUCGAAUCAAGAAACUGACGGGCGCUAUGAACAUCGAGAAGGACGACACGCGAGUGAACGUGGAGCGGCGGCAGGGCAUGACGGAGCGGGAACGGCAGCAGGAAUUGGAGAAUUUUUACAACCUCACCUCCAGCUCGCAAAACAAAGGCGGAGACGAGAAGGACGAGGACGAGGGCGACAAGAUCUACAACCCACUCAAGUUGCCCCUCGCCUGGGAUGGCAAGCCCAUCCCUUUCUGGCUCUACAGGCUGCACGGACUGGGCCAGGAGUUCCCCUGCGAGAUUUGCGGCAACUUCGUCUACCGCGGUCGGCGAGCCUUCGACAAGCACUUCAACGAGACGAACCACAUCACCAACCUCAAGCGGUUGGGCAUCACCAGCACGUAUUUGUUCCGAGACAUCACGUCGAUCGAGGAGGCUGUCAGGCUGUGGGAGAAGAUCCAGCGGGACCAGAGCAAAAACCAGAUCGACGAGGGUUCGGUGGUGCAGAUGGAGGACGCCGAGGGCAACGUCAUGCCCGAGAAGGUUUAUCUGGAUCUGCAGAAGCAGGGCCUGCUGUGAGGAAGUCGAGGUGUGGCUGCGAGGGUCAGAGGAGUGGCCGUGUACUUUUACAGCGAGCAAAGUGGUGUACGGAGUGCAAUACAUGUAGAUGGC